UCAGAGCAUUGAGAGAGCUAAAAGCUUCAGUCCAGCUAUCCAACAAGAGUGUCUACACAUAAGACAUCAGCACUAGCUAGCUCGGUUUCCAAGAAAGAAAGUCCAAUCCAAAGAUGUCUGGGUCGAGAAGCUCUUCUUCCCGCAGCGCUAACGUGGACUCCACGUGGAGCAAAAAGGAGAACAAGCUGUUUGAAGAGGCCCUCGCCUACUACGGCGAGGACACGCCCGACCGCUGGCACAAGGUGUCCCGCGCCAUUGGAGGCAGCAAGACGGCCGACGAGGUGCGCCGCCAUUACGAGUUGCUCGAUGAUGACGUCAAGCUCAUUUUGUCCGGCAAUGUUCCGUUCCCCAAGUACAACACGCAGGGAGCUUGGAACUAA